CAGAGGUAGUCGCUUCCGCUGCCGCGCACCAUUGAGGCAAGAUGGACGAAAAGUUGAUAUUGACUGUGUUUAAUUUUCCUGAGCUGUACAAUGUAACGCUACCAAAUUAUCGGAGCGGAGAUAGUAGGUCUCAUGCUUGGACAAGAAUCAGCGCCUUGACAGGUCUUCAACUUGAUGAGUGCAAAAGGAAAUGGAAGAACCUAAGGGAUAGAUACCUGAAGGAAGUACGACAAGAGAACAGAACUAAGGAUCAGGGAGAGCUUGUCCCGAGUCGCUGGAAAUUCCGCCAACUCCUGAAUUUUCUAGCACCCUUCUCAAAAUCAAGAAACGGCACCGUGUCACGUGAUGACGACGACCCUGACAGCCCUGGCGACGUCUCUGAGACCACAGAGGGAGACGUCAAACCUGUUGAAAUGCUCAAAGUAUCUCAGUCGGCCAUAACACCAACCACGCAGGCCAGCACCAUGUCCCAGCUAGCCUUUGUGACCCAGCUGUCCCCAGUGUCCCAGGGCCCACAGAUGGCACAGCUGGCUUUCCUGGCAAAGUUACCGCCAGGCGCUCAGAUAUCUCCAGUGCCCCAGCAGUCUUCCGGACGGAAAAGAAGUCAACCGAGAGAGAUAGAGUCCCCUGCAUCACCGUGCUCAUCUAGCACUUCAGCCAAGUUACCAAUCAAGACUAAGAGACUGGUCAAGGAUGUUGAUGCCAUACACACCAGAGCGCGAGAUGGGGACGAGGACGAGUUGUUUCUCUUGAGCUUUGUUCCAGCUUUGAAGAGGCUCGCUCCACAGAAGAGGUGCGAGACCAAGAUGAAAAUCCAACAGAUUUUGUACGAGGCUGAGUUUAGUGUGGCAUCCCCUUGCGACACCCAGGACCACCCCGAUCCAGAGGCCUAGUUUCAUGUUUCAUACAAAGCCAUUUAUUUCCGGUUGAAAGUUUAAGAUCCAAAUAUAUUUCUUUUAUAAUUUCUCCUCCACAAUUGUUUGCUCGAGGUGCAAUUCUAGUUUUUUAAAAGAUGCAUUUGGUUACCUAAGAAUGGUAUUUUCUAUUUUUGACAAUGAUUAACCCAGAACAUUAAAACAUGUUGGAUGUAAAUUGUGAAAGUGUUUUUGGUUUUCCAUUUGAAAGUCUGUACAAUAUAAAAGUGAAAUCUACUAACAUGGCAUUCAAAGUUUAAUGUUUACUAUGAAACAUUUUCAAAAAUCUUUUCCUCUUCCUUAUGAAGAGUCCAGGCAGUACGCUGUCUAUACAGAAUUGAAUUAGUAAGUUUGAGUGAAAUCCGAAAAUGUUGAUAUUUAAACAGUUUAAUUAUAGCCAUCUUAAUAUUUUACAGUAUUUACUUACAAUAAAGUACAGAAAGAGGUUAAUUAUUUCAGUUAACCGGACAAAGAUCAUUUGAAUUGAAUUUUGAACAAGAGAAAACAGUAUAAUACAUUUCAGCUCAUGGUAUCCUGCUUCAUGCCCCAAAGAAUUGUUACUGUAUCUAAACCAAUGUCAAGGACUCCACAAUCUGAGUCAACUGACAUAGGAAGUGUCACUCAACAACAUAAACAAAUUCUGACUGCA